CAUCCAGGCGAGGCAAGGAGGGCUUUUCCCCCCUUCUUGUGUCUCUUCCAGCCUUGGAUUCGAGGAGCAAAGCACGUGGUGGGCGGAUGCCCAUCCUCCUUCUUUCCUUCCCUCCUUCUCCCAACCCACGCCGAUUUAUUUCCCAAAAAGACGCGGGAUCGAACCGCAGCAGAAGGACAGAGAGGAGGAAAGAGGCGAAGGAACAACAGCCAGGAUGAAGGCGGCUUUGGCGCUCUUGCUGGCCAGUUGUCUCUGCGUGGAAAGAGCUUUCUCCCUGGUGUGCUGGGCUUGCGAUGGAGCGGAGUCCAACUGGGGCUGCUGGAGGUGGCAGUUUUGUUCCAGCGAUGACAACUACUGUGCUACGACGUACAUCGGAGGAGGGAUCGGUCAAUAUUCGUCCCAGUCCAUCAGCAAAGGCUGCGUCCCGGUUUGCCCGCAAGCAGGGAUCAACAUCGGCAUCGCUGCCGCCUCCGUCAAGUGCUGUUCGUCGUUCUUGUGCAACAUCAGCGGAGCUUCCAGUGUCCAAGCCAACCACUUGGUCUUGGCCGCCGGCAUCCUGGCCAGUUUUCUCUAUCUCUUUGGACAGAGGCUGUGACUGCAAAGCGCCCGGGUUCAGGAGACCUAGGAUCUUGGCUGGCAUUGCACCGAGGAGACCCCAAAUGUUGCAGAAGUCUCAUAUAUUCCUCAUGGCAUUAUAAUCCUCUUAUCACUUUUAAUCACAUAGUGGGGGAAGCAUAGUGUAGUAUGUUUGUGGCCCAACACUGCCCUCCUCAAGCAGGAGGUGUUUCCGCAGGCUUUUAAAAAGGGAUCCUGUGCCAAAUUCAACCCAAACCGCCCACCCGCAGCAACUCCAUAUUCUGAUUUUUUUUGGAAUUGAAAUUGUCUCAGAGGCCUUAAAAGUGUUUUGCUUUGCGGAACAUUGGGAGAGAAAGCCUUCACUGGGGUUCAAAUAUAAUAUCCACAAUGAUUUUUUUGAAGGUGAAACCCUUCUUUUGUUGUCUGUUACAUUUUAUGACCCAAAGAUGCAUGCAGAAUGUUGUGGCGUCACAAUCUUGUUCUGCACUUUUUGAAUAUGAAUAAAGGAUGUAUUGAUUCUUAA